UUGCAGCUGCUGGCGGUGGUGGCCUUCGCGGUGGCGAUGCUUUUCUUGGAGAACCAGAUACAGAAACUGGAGGAGUCCCGGUCGAAGCUAGGUGAGGAGCCGGGUCACUCCGGGCUGAGUGGUGUGUGGAAGGGGCCAGGCUGGGGAGGCACUGCAAGCCGAGCAAGUGGGCGUUUAUCUAACCUGAUAUCUGGCUUGGAGGCUGAAAGAGAACAUAAACCCCUGGAAUGGGGUGAAUUAAGCUUGGGUGGUAUGCUGGGUUCAUAAGGUCAAGGGGCAGAGGUUGCAAGGUUGGACUUCCUUGAGCCAAAGGGUUACCCUGAAGUAGGCAUUCCACGCGGCGAAAGCAAGAGAAGAUCGAAUUCGUUGGGGAGCCGGUACUGACUGUUGGAGGAGACCGAAACGGUCAGGCUUGCCUGUUCUCUUAGAAGUCAUAUUGAAAGCUCCAGCAGUGUCAGGCAAGGGGUAUUGUAAUUUGAGAUGUGAGCACCUCGAUACUGAAUCUUUUGGGAAUGGGGAGGUUCGCGAAGAUGCGCUGAUAUGGAGGGGAGAUACUGGAGUGAUGGUGUGUAAAAGAAUUACAUUGUAGUGAGUUGCACUCGAGCUGGGGGCAGCAAGGGACCGCACAACUGACGAGAGAUAUAGACUGUCCAGGUAGGACAGGAAAGCAAAUAAAAAGCUCCCGUGAGGUUCUGAAACGAGGUAUCCAGGCAUUUAAAUUAUUUUUUAGUGGCGCUAAACUGGUAUUUUGAGCUUAAGAACGGAGUUGUGUGUGUAUGUUGCUUCGCGGCAGUGUUGGUGUAGUGAAUUUAGAAGGGGAGGAAACGUUGAGGGGGAAUUGCUAUAAUGAGAUUUAAAGUUAAAGAAAGGCAAAGUGCAGAAAGUUUGCCAUAUGGUUAAGUACCUUAAAGAGUUAACAGUUGUUACUUUAAUUGGGGGAGAGAUCUGAAGUACAGAAAGUUGGAGUGUGAUGUUGUGAAAGACCAGACGAAUGCACAGAUAUGUACUUUCAGAGCAGUAAGGAACUGUGGGAUUUGGGAAGAGUUUGAAUGGGGAGGGAGUGUUAAAAGAAUGUCAGCAAUACAUUUUGAUUUUUAAAUGUACAUGGCACUUAAAAAUCAACCCAAGAGGCUGUAAUUUGAAUGUGGAAAAUAAUGUUUAGGACUCAUAUAUAGGCUUCAAGGCAUCUAUGAAUUCCCUGAAAUUAUAUACAUAUCUUUUAUCACACUUGCAAAGGAGUACACAGUCCCCUUAAUGAAAGGGCUAUUGCACGACAUGAAGUUCGAGAGAUUGAGCAGCGACAUACCAUGGAUGGCCCUCGGCAAGAUGUAGCUUUAGAUGAGGAAGACGACAUGGUGAUCAUUUAUAACAGAGUCCCCAAAACUGCAAGCACCUCUUUUACCAAUAUUGCCUAUGACCUGUGUGCAAAGAAUAAGUACCAUGUUCUUCACAUCAACACUACCAAAAAUAAUCCAGUGAUGUCACUGCAAGAUCAGGUGCGCUUUGUAAAGAAUAUAACUUCCUGGAAAGAGAUGAAACCAGGGUUUUAUCAUGGGCACAUUUCUUACUUGGAUUUUGCAAAAUUUGGAGUGAAGAAAAAGCCUAUUUACAUUAAUGUCAUAAGGGAUCCUAUUGAGAGGCUAGUUUCUUACUAUUACUUUCUGAGAUUUGGAGAUGAUUAUAGACCAGGAUUAAGAAGACGAAAACAAGGAGACAAAAAGACCUUUGACGAAUGUGUAGCCGAGGGAGGCUCAGACUGUGCUGCAGAGAAGCUCUGGCUUCAAAUCCCGUUCUUCUGUGGCCACAGCUCGGAAUGCUGGAAUGUGGGAAGCAGGUGGGCUAUGGAUCAAGCCAAGUAUAACCUAAUUAAUGAAUACUUUCUGGUGGGAGUAACUGAAGAGCUUGAAGAUUUUAUCAUGUUACUGGAGGCAGCUUUACCCCGGUUCUUCAGGGGUGCUACAGAACUCUAUCGUACAGUAGGAAAGAAAUCUCAUCUUAGGAAAACCACAGAGAAGAAACUCCCUACUAAACAAACCAUUGCGAAACUACAGCAGUCUGACAUUUGGAAAAUGGAGAACGAGUUCUAUGAGUUUGCACUAGAGCAGUUCCAGUUCAUCAGAGCCCAUGCUGUACGGGAGAAAGACGGAGACCUCUACAUCCUCGCACAGAACUUUUUCUAUGAAAAAAUUUACCCUAAAUCGAACUGAGUACAAGGCGUGACAGUUAGAUUCUUGAACUACAACUUCAACCUUGGCUUUACUUUAGUUCUCAGCUCCACAACUUGGAUUGUUGAUGGAUAUAUAAGACACUUUGCGUUAGGAUACAGACAGUGACGUCAAGGAAGUAGAUUCUGGCUGAUACGUCAGUGGUCCAGGAAGUUUAAGUUUCAGCCUAUUUUUUUCUGGUUAAAUUUUGGUGGGAGUUAUAACCUCCUGCCUGGACAAAACCUACCCAUCACCUAAAAUAAAUACCUAGCAGGUCUAAUUGAAGGCUAAAAGCAGUUACAGAAAGGUUCUGAUACUCUGUUUUUGAUAAAGCAUUUUUUCCAACUAACCAUCAGCGAAGAUGACUCCAUCGGCUUCGCCUGAGGUUUGGGUUGUACCCCUCUGCUGGCUGGUGUUAGUAACUGUUCGGCAGUGUGUGCUUCGUUUUCGAUUGUUUGAUCACGGUUGCUAAAAACGUUUCUGCUGUAGUUGGAAUUGCCCAUAUUUAUGUAGGUCAUUCUAAUUUUAUUUUAAAAGUUGAUUAUUGAUGUUAACAACCAGUUUAAAUCAUUAUUAAUACUGUAUAAAGAAUCAAAGCAGUAUUUCUUAUUCCUGUCUCCCCCAGUAUCUAAGAUUGGGGAAAAACUUAGAGAAUGUUGACAUUGCCUAAAGUUUUUUUUUUCCCCCCACAAAAAAUAUUUUCCUUUAAGAAAGAUUUUCUCGUCAUGUUUAAUGGGAAAACACUAAAAUGAAAUAUAAACAGUUCAAUAGGGAAAUUUUGACUGUUUAUCUUUUAGAUCAUAUAUUUUCUCUUCAAAAUCUACACAUGUUCUUGUGAUGUUUUCAAAAGUAGGUCCUGAUACAGAUUUGACUCAUCUGUGGAUCCCAGGGGAGACGCUCUAUGGGAUCCAGAUUCAAAUUCAGCAGCAGCAGCUUCUAGUUCUCUAGUUUUAUUCUGACCUCUGCCUGCCUUUUAUUAGUUUUGUCUAGUUUAUUUGCCAAUGACUUUCUAACUUUUUGUUCUUCUAGGUAGAGUUGUUUAUAUUUUCCUAAUUCUGCUUUUUAUUAGAAACUUCUUAAAAGGUUUUCAUCUUGGAGAGUUCAGAUUCCAAGUCUUUAAUUCUGAGUUCCAUCUGACUUUUUCAGUUCAGUCGCUCAGUCGUAUCCGACUCUUUGCAACCCCAUGGACUGCAGCAUGCCAGGCUUCCCU